UGAUGAUGAUGAUGAUGAUGAUGAUGGUGAUCGGGCCCCCCUCACAGCGUACAACCACAACCGUACGAGCUGGGGAUAAACUUCCCCCUCAGAAGGCGGGCCCAAAUGUGUGCGCUGUUGCCAGCCCCCCGACCUCCAGCUGAGGAGUCAGAUCGUGCAAGGCCCUGUUUCCUCACGAGCGAGCUGUUCUGCCAUCCCGGAGGUACGACUCUCCAUGGGCGAGGCACAGACAGACAUGCUUAGUUACGUAAGCCCCGCCGCCUCCAACUUUGGGGCAGCACGUCAGGCAGAGCGAGCUUUCUGGCCGCCAUCGUCUGUGGCCCCCCGGGCGCGCGUCAGCACGCAGCACUGUGGGGCCUGGACGAGAAAAUCAGGAGUGCGCGCAAGCCUUGCCUGGUGGGCGGCGCAGCUGAGGGGGCACGCAACGGUGGCGCCUGGGAGAAGCGAGGCGAGGGGAUAGGCAACCAGGUGUAGAGGCGGAGGAGGGGCGAGGGGAUAGGCAACCAGGUGUAGAGGCGGAGGAGGGGCCGAGACCCCGGCAGAGGGAGGAGGCGGCGCGUUCGGUGCUGUCAGCUGCACAGGCGCUAGGGCCACGCCAAUCGCGAUACGGAGGCAGGCGCAGAAAGAAGCAGAGCGGCGGCCCGGGUACUGCACAAUCAAACAGUGCAUGGGCCGCUCUCUACGACACCGCUCCUGGCGGAACCAUUACAUUUUGGAGGAAUGAAAAAAUGACAUGAGCGUGCACGGGGAGGAACGAACCCCGCAUGCACAUCUAGGAUAGAUGCAGGCCGUCAAGAGGUGGCUCUAGGUCAUGGGUGCCAGUCCUAAUGACAGAUGGAUCGCCUGUUGAAAACUACACUUGCCAACCCCCGCAAUCACAUAUCACAGUGCCUGGUCCUCAGCAGCUGCAAUGGGUCUUGAACAGGCCGGCCAUGCGAUCCUUACCGGCGCGCCGGGCGAGCUCCAGGCUCGAGCGGUGCCCUCUGCUGGGGUCGCCGUGGCACGCCCGCGGGUCCGCGCCCGCGGCCAGCAGCGCGGCGGCCAGGCCCAGCUUGAGCUCCGCGGCGGACUCUUACGCCGAGGAAUCCACUCGGCGGCGUCAGGAAUUCCCAGCCAGUCGGUGGCAAGGAUGCUCUCCCUCCGCGGCGCCGAGCUGAGGAGCUGGAGCGGGGAUUGCCCCGCGACGUUCGUCUCGUCGGCCCUGGCGCCGUUCUCGGUCAGCAGCCUGACGAUCUCCUCGCCGCACCCCAGGCGGAUCGCGGCGCAGAGUGGCAGCUCGAAGCGAGGCUACCAGAACGGCGUCUUGGCCGCAUCCGAGUCUGCCUCGAGGGCGAGGCGCACCUGCUUCAGGCAGUUCUGCUGCAGGCCCAGGAAUAACGGAUCCGCGCGAGUGCGUCUCAAUGGCGGCGGUGCGGUCGGCACCCUGCGGCAUGCACGCGGUGUACUGGGCGGCGUCGUGCGGGAUGUCUCACCAAACGUCAUCGCGCUGUGAGUCUCGCGCAGUACAGAUUUGCAAGGUUGGCAAAAUCACUGC